CCCCUCUCCAGUACGCUGCCGCCCGGCCCCGCGGCCCAGCUUGGCGGGGCACCCGCGCGGGGCGCGGCGCUCGAGGGGCAGCCCGAGGCCUGCCCUGCGCCCGCCGCGGUGCCCAAGAAGAAGAGCGUGCGCGUCGGGCCCGGCAGGGGCCCGCAGGGCGCCGAGGGCCUCAAGAAGAGGUGGUCCAGGAGGUCGGCCAGGAAUGCCUGCUGCUGGCAGGCCGCUCGCGGGGGCGCGGCGCGGGGCCGCCCGGCUGGCGAGGAGGAGGAGGAGGAGGAUCUUGGUUGA